GCGCGCACACUCCAGCUGGUCUAGUAGAGGUUAAUCCUAAAAGGCAGAUGUAUUUUCACUGACGCGAGGCCCGAUGGUGAAUACCUUACCUCCUGGCGAACGUCUUUGACUGGUUUAUGUCGAAUAAUCACCACGAGGCAAUAGCUGUGCGAGCCCCCGUUCAGCGUUCUCACGGAAGAAAGAAAAGGCACAAGUCACAAACCAUGAGUGCUGGCUUCCUGCUGGUGCCCGUUCAUUGUCUGGCGUCUGCACUGCUCGUGUGCUUGUUUAUGGUGCUCACGCAGCCCCUCGUUUGCGCGGCACUCGACCACCACAAGCGCUCUUUCUUGGAGCUGGGCUGCCGCGGCAACUUCGAGCAGUCAUACCUGGCCCACCUCGAGCGCAUCUGCGAAGAGUGCUACCAGCUGUACCAAAAAUCAGAGGCCUACAACCUGUGCAGAGACAAUUGCUUCAAGAACGAAAACUUUGACCUGUGUGCUGAGGCCCUUCUAUUGAAAGGUGAAAUGGCCGACCUGCGACGCAUGAUCAACUACCUCCACGGAUGAUCCGGGGCCACUGCAUAUCUUCUUGUAGCCAUUGCCCAAAGUGGGCCGCUGCGCGUUGUCAUGCACCUUAGGACUUCAAAUAAAGUUUCGCAUCCAAUAA